GCAGGAGGAGCCUAUUGGCAGUGCGAAGGAGGGUAUGGCGAGUGAUUGACAUCCCGGGUAGACUAGCUAAAGGAGGCGGUAAACGAACUCUUUGCUCUGGACAUCUUUCGGGGUUGAGGUGAAAUGAAGCCAACGCAGACUAGCCCUGUUUCUGCUACCAUGGCGGAGGCUUUUGGCUGUGCGGUGGAAAACCGCUUCUGUCAACUUCUGGAUGAUGAGACCGACCCAUUAGACUUUCUUCAAAAAGCAGCCGAGGAAAAGGCGCGCCGCAAAAAGAAAGACGAGGCUGUGGCUGCGAAAAAAUCCGGCCCCAAGAAGGAAUCUCAGAAAGAAAGGAAGGCAAUUGCUGCUUUGGCUACAGAGGCCCCGACUACCCAACCAGGUGCGGGCACUGCUAAAAGCCAGAAGAAUGCUCAGAAACCAGUGCAUAAGGGACCUCAGAACGAAAACAAGUUAGCUGAUGUGAAAACUGAGAAAAGGACUGCUUUCAGGGAGUUUCGUUCAAAUAUUAUGGAUAGACCAAAUGAGUAUAGCAUUGAAAAACCUUUGGAUCUUGGUGAGAAAGAGAAACUUGUAAGGAACUGGAUUUCAAGAGGUGGUAUGCGUGGCAGAGGACGUGGGGGCUUCUCAAGAAACAAUGAAGGGGAAAAUCAAAGAGGAAAAAGAGAAUUUGAAAGGCACAGUGGUAGUGAUCGGGCAGGAGUAAGAGCAGAAGACAAGAGGGGUGGAAAUGGAUCGCACAACUGGGGCUCAUUUAAAGAUGCUUGCAGUGACGUGGAACCAACACCAGUGGAGGAGCCCUUGGAAAACCAAGAGCCUACUGAGGAGGAACAAGACGUAAAGAUGGCUGACGAAGGUGCUGAUGAAUUUACCAAAGAAAUGAGCCUGGACGAGUGGAAACUGAUGCAGGAUCAACGCAGAGCAAAGAUUGACUUCAACUUGCGUAAACCAGAAUCCUCUGUGCCAUCAAAAGCUGUGGUGAUCCACAAGUCUAAAUUUAAUAAUAAUUUGAAUGAGAACGAAGAGGACUAUCAUUAUGCCUUUCGCAAGCCUGUCAACGACAUCACUACUCAGCUGGAUAUUAAUUUUGGCAGCCUGUCGCGUCCAGGUCGUGGAGGCAGAGGUGGGGGUAGAGGGCGAGUCCGCAAAGAAGAACCUUUCCCUCAUGCAGUGGUUCAUGUUGAUGUGGCGGCUGCUCCAAAUCCUGAUGACCCCGAGGACUUCCCUGCUUUGGCUUAAAUGGAUGUCUUCUGCUCCUGUUUUCCACCUGGAAGCUGUCCAAAAGCAUCUGUUAAAGGAGCUAAAGAUUUUGUAAAGUGUGGAAACUAAUGUAGUACUUCAAUAUGAAUUUGUUCUUGGUGGCAGGUUGUAAUGGGAUUUGCAAUUGAAAAUAUUGGCCAGAUGGUGGUGUUUCAGAAGGGCAAGGGUGUUGUUGGAAAAGUUGAACUACAACAUGAAUCAUAACUGUUGUAACUGACUGGGUGGUGUAUUCACAAGGCUUAUUUACUGUCCUCUUGUCCAGUAGGUCCUUUUAAAAUACGCAUCUACACAAAAUAUGUUGGGUUGGUAUAGGGCUUUUCUUGAUGCACAGUUAAGCAAUAUAUAAAAAAAGUACAAUGUCACAACCCCUGUAAAUAAAAUGGCAAAACUCUGUAUAUACCAUGGCUGUUAAUACAGUAUGUAAAUUUCAAUGCUCGUUAUGCCCUGCUGUCUGAAAAUUGAGGUGUUAAAUUAAAAAUACUUAAAAUGCA